GCCGACAUCACGUAAAAGAGUUUAGUGCCACGCAAAAAGGCCGUCCAUUGUGGGACGCAUUCGCUGGCAUCCCACGCACGUAUUUAUCAACUGAGGGGGGGCCCUCGCUGCAGCCAUCAUGUUCUCCGCUGCCGCCCCCACCACCGGAUCGUACGAGGAGGAGCGUCUGGAGAACAUCCGGCGCAACCAGGCGCUCCUUCGGGAGCUCGAGCUGAGCUCGGGCCUCGGCCUCGGGGACGAAUUGGCACAUACUUCGGACAAGGAUGUGGCCGGUCCUUCGACUGCUACACCAGCGGCAGCAGAAGCAAGGCAAAAGCGGCGGUUGUCCGCGAGGAGUCGGGCGCAGCAGUCGUCGCCGCCGUCAAAGAAGCGGGCCUUGAACGGAGAGACGAAGUUACGUCCACUGCCGACGCGGCGCAGUGAACGUGUGCGCAAACCCUUGCAACAUGCGAAGGUCGAACACAUACAAACGCAACUCAGCUCCACGGCUGUGGAUGAUGCAGACUUCCCAGCUACGCCGCCCCGCGGGAGUGUGCACUUGAAGAAAGUCCGCCCGCCGAAUCCCGGUUCUUCCAGGGACGUGGAUGUUGGCAUAUUGGCAGACAAAGAAUACCAUGAGGAGGAAGAGGAUGACCUGGACGAUGAUAUCUACACUGCGCCAUUACCGCAGCGCGAGACUCCCUCUUCGCUGAGCGAGGGCCGCGGUGCGCUCAAGUUCGAGCAAGGACUGUGGCACUUUACGCCGAACCUGACCCCAUCGGAGAUGUUCCUCGGCGGCGCAUUCGGUGGAACGGCGUUCAAGUCCCACUAUUCGCCCGUUCUGCGCAGGCAGCUGGACUCGGAAUUGGAGCUUUCGCGCGACGCGCUGCCGCCGCGGGCUCGCGACGACUUCCUCGUGCGCGACAAGCCCGAUUGGCGCGCGGACCAUGCGUGGCAGCGCCGCUUCUUGAUGAGCGACACGUACCGUCCCGAUGUCAACCGCUUCAGCGUCAAGGCAAGUCAGAGCCUGAAGGAGUGGGAGGACGCCGGGUGGAUCCGCGCACAGGACCCGAGAGGCUGGUGGCAGUGGUAUCUGCGCUUCUACUACGGACGCAGGUCCAAGGAUGACGAGCGCCAGAUCCAACGCUGGCUCAAAGCAUGCGGGCCCAAUGGCCGCUUCCGACGUGCACUCGCCGCCAAGAUUGCAUCGCAAGGUGGCGAGUGGAGCAACGCAACGAUCAACCCCAUCCUGCGCCAGACACUUUGGCAUUGGGGCUACGAGCUGUCCAAAACGGAUUACGAAAAGUAUUUCUGAUCAUGAUGAUCGCAUUCAAAGCUGCCACUGCAUGUGCGCACAUGUAAUACCCCUGGACCGGUUGGCGUAACGCAUAACCGCGUCUCACAAUAGCUCGUGCGGCGCGUAAUCACCAUUCGUGCUCUCCGGCUUGGACUUGUCGGGGAUGACUCCGCUCAUGGCCAUCGCCUCUGCGAGCAGCGCCUGGUCCCACGUGCCAUUCCUGAAGAGCAUGAGCGAUUCGUAGCUGCGCUGCGCCACCUUGAUCUUGGUGGCCAUGCGCCGCAGCAGCUCCGUCAAGCGGUCGUACGCGCCCAUGUACUCGGCCAUCUCCCGCUCGCUCGCACAGGACGACUUGCGCGCGAAC